CCUGAAUCCGACCCGAACGAUGGGUUUCUGAUGAUCCACUUGCACAGUUGUCCUUCCUCGAUUAUUUCGUCCCUUUUCCAAACGAUUGUAUUGUUCUGGCCGUUCGCAGCUUGGAGGAGCAAACUUUGCAGGACACACUGCCGAUGCUCCGUCGAAUCAUCGCUCAGGAAAAUCGCGUUCAGGUCGCUCCGCUCGUGACUAGCGAAGCAAACUGAAGGGCCGACGAAGAUAUUAGAAUGAAACCAGAAAGGGUGGCCGGAGAAGAUCCCGGAGACGAAUCCGAAUCUUUCACCGCUCUUUCCUGGGUACUUCUAUCGAAUUUGAACCCGGGUUUCACCCUUUUGACGGUCGACCCGAAGAGAGCGGUCGAUUCUUGUUCUCUCUUUCUUCGAUCCGGGGUUUGAUUUGAGGGGGCUCAUUCGGAGGGUAAGGACGUGGAUAUCGAUACCCUUCGCAUGCGCGAUGAGGGCGAAAAUGGCGUCGUUUUAUCAGGGUCACGUUAAUGCGACUCAGGUAACCUAAUCGAAUGCCUCGAAAGAAUUUACGCAAUUUAGUCUUUUAUUUUUUUUUGCACCCAAUAAGUAAUUUGUGAAAAUGUUGUGAGUGUUAGCUGUUUGCUGUGUUCUCGAUGAUACUUUUUGAUAUCCGGUGAUAACGUCAGUUAGGGACGUACUUUGUGUGUCAGUACUAUCAGAUUCAUCAACAGCAAUCGGAGUUAGUCGAUCAGUUCUACACGAAUUUUAGUUCCACGGUGCGAUGUGAUGGGCGACGGAGUCUGCUGAAGGGAUGAUGGAAGGAGCAGAGGAAGAGGUAGUUGAGUGGUGCGGGCAUAACGUUUAUAACAGCCGACCAAGAGGAAAUGGUAACCUCCAGCAGGUUCCACACCAGCAAAGGGGCACCUUGGGCAGUCAAGCUCCAAGAAACCUUGUGGAAGCUUUAUCAUAGAUAUUUAGUAUGUUGGUGCAGGCAUAUACCAUUAUCUUUCUUCUCGGUUCAUCAAAAGUUUCAGUGAGGUUCUUGAUCUCUCCUUUUAUAAAAGACUAAUUUUGUGGUACCAUUUGAUUAGCUAGUAUAGAAGCAUCUCAAUGUUCCAAUGUUUUUGCUUUAGCUAACUUUCUUCUCUUUCCUUUUUUUUUGUUUAUCAAAAGGUGAGGACUUAUGUAGUAAAACCAGUAGAUUAAGGGGGACUAAGGAGGUACUCGACUUCAUGCUUUAUCAACUGUAACAUUAUUUUGGUGCAAAAUAUGCAUCUUUGGCGGUUUCUGGUUUCUUAUACAACUUAUUUAGCUUUUUUUUUUGUGAUGUAUAGGCUGGGUGGUCUUUGAGCACUCCCUGAUGCCUUCCAUAAUCGAGGCAUUCUUGGGUGAUUGGCUCAUUGAAUAUUCUGCUGUUUGAUGCCAGCAGUGUCGGUGGCUUGAUUGUCUACCAAAAUUAGCGUCUCCAAACUGAUACGCUCCCGGGAGAGGCAGAGGCAGAGGCGGCCGCCGAGGAAGCGGGAGGCGAAAGUUAUAGUGGCGACGUCGGGGAUGCAGAAGAGGAGGCGGCGGCGACGGAUUGGCGGUGCUGUAACAGUCUGGACGUCAAUCCGGUGAUCGGCACCACCCUGGUUGAUGCAUAAGGCGCGUACGCCAUACAGCGUGACACUUCCAGAGGACGAUCGAACUGUGCGACCUCUUUUAUUGCGGUGCUGACUACCUGUGGCGAUGCUGGAUGGGCGGACGAGGCCGAUAUAAUUACGUUGAUAUGAUGGUAUGUGCUCACGCUUGGCUGGUACGUUGGCCACUCUAUAUAUAUAUACAUAUUAUUCGUCGGUGUCGAAAAGGGUCGAGUCGCUGAGAAGUCGACAGAGCGGAGGGACCGUGGAGCACAGGAAGGCAGUGGGAAGCGUUGGAUGGAAGCCACGAGGAGGAGCAUGUCUUUACUGAAGGACACAAGAACCAAGGCAGAGAUUCAUGUUUCUUCCCAUCGUUCACACCCCACAUUCACAACACUCCAUUUUUCCCAGUUCUCCUACGUCUUUUGACUGGUUUCCAAGGGUAUGGUAAAACUAAACUAUUAUAUGAAAAGAAGAUGACUGGUAUGUAUAACUGGCAACUGGCAAUUCCCUAGUCAAAAGUUCGACACAGUACUAGAAAAUGUCCCGAGUAUCCUCCGCCAAGCACUUAUUUCAAAGCGAAAGUUGUUGAAGAGAAAAGGUAACCCACUACAUCUGCCUUCGCUUAAAGGUACGUGAGAAGGAGAAGAUUAGAAUAAGAGCAAAAAGUAGGCGAAAGAUGCACAAGAGGGACAUUCCUUGACAGAGAUCGAGGGAGAAGGAGAGGGAGAGACAGACGAGAGGGAGAGAGUGUGCGAGAGAAGGGAAACCCUGGUAGAUGGGCAUUUCUGGAGCCCAACUCCAACACCACCGCCACCGCCACUCCCUUUCUCCUCCCCAGAUCUCUAAAACCCCAUUUCCACUCCUUACCAUAACCCUAACACUUCUGUCUCUUCUCUUCCUCUUCCCCGCCGUCGCGGGUGACCUCUACUCCCUGGUCUACAAGGGCUGCGCCAACCAGACCCUCUCGGGUAGUGGCUCCGCAUCCAUGCAGCCCCUCGCCGCACUCUCCUCCGCCCUCACCGCCCGGGCCGCCUCCGCCAAGUUCUACAAAACCACCACCUCCUUGGCCGGCGGCGGCCAGCCCCUCUUUGGCCUCUUCCAAUGCCGCGGCGACCUCCCCCCCUCGGACUGCUCCGCCUGCGUCGGCCGAGUCCUCCUCAUGUGGGCGUCCCUCUGCGGCACCGCCGCCGCCGCCGCCCGAGUCCAGCUCAACGGGUGCUACGCUCUCUACCAGGCCUCCGGCUUCCCCCAGGUCUCCGGCACCCAGAUGCUCUACAAGACCUGCGGUUCCGGGCGGGGCGGUGGCGGCUUCGAGGUGAAGCGCGACACGGCCUUCUCCCAGCUCCAGAGCGGCGUCGCCGGCGGCCAGGGGUUCUUCGCCACCAGCUACGCGUCCGUAUACGCCAUGGCGCAGUGCGAGGGAGACCUCUCCGCCGGCGACUGCAGCGAGUGCGUCGCCCAGGCGGUUCAGAAGUCGGAGGUGGAGUGCGGCGCCGCCGCCUCCGGCCAGGUGUACCUCGACAAGUGCUACAUCAGCUACAGCUAUUACGCCAAUGGCGUACCUCACGGCGACAACAACAGCGGCGGAGGAGGGCAAACAGAGAAGACAGUGGCCAUAGUGGUGGGAGGGGCAGCAGGGGUUGGGUUCUUGGUGAUCUGCUUGCUGUUUGCCAGGAGUGUACUGAAGAAGAGAGAUGAUUAUUGAAGGUUGGUGGUGACUGGUAAGUGGCGCGGCAGUAAUAGAGGAGUAAUUGAAGGGAGAUGGAGUUGGGAGAGGGGAUUGUGUCCUUGUAUAGGGUUGGGCGUCACAGAGGAGGGAAUGGAUGUUUGUCCAUUGGGAAUGGAUUCGUGGCUGGAGCACAGAGCGGUCCUUUGGCUGUUUCCUUUUAUAUGGGUUUCAUCCAUCAUGUCAGAGGGGAGGGAAUACUGGAUGACGGGUCCAAUCUGCUCUCACUGUGGGGAGAUGCACCUCUCUUCUUUUUCAAUCAUCAUCAUGUAUAUCUGUCCCUACAUAGUACAUAGAGGGAUGGAAGUGUAUACAGAGAUUCAAGGGAUUAUUUUUGACACAAGACAUUCUCGAGUAAAUUUUGCAGAAUCCCUUUCUACCUGUUUCAGGGCUUUAAUAUAGUGGGCAAACUUUUGGAUCAUACCAAUCAGCAUUGAAAGGUCAGUCACAGGAUUAUACUCUUUUAGAGCUUUGUGUAGCGACAACAGUGGUCAUGAUAAUUUGUUUGAGUAGAUUGCUAUUACAGCUUGCAGUAAGUUUUCAUUGGUUUCUUGUAUCAGAACCCUUGAUGAGAUGUUCUGCUUCCUCCAUUAUAAUUCUAUUAUUUGUAAAUUUUUGUAG